AUGUCGCUCAAGACUAUUGUUGCCAACCUUCCUUUCGCCCAUCUAUCCCUGACCACAAUUUCCAUUGGAGUGGGAAUCUAUGGACUUCCUCCGCCUCCGUGGUCUUCGGACAACGACAACAACCGCCACGAGUCUCUCUUAUCCACCAAACAAGAAUCCUUUGACGCCAAACACUACGAUCUCUUGACGGAGCUCGUCACGCAAAUGUAUGCAGGUCGCGGUAGUCAUCAUCCACACUGCCAUUUUGCGGACACGGCAAAGUUUCAAGACGCCGCUGUCAUUUGCAAGUCCCCGAAAGAGAUCCACGAAGCUUUUCGAUUGCACGAGAAACUGCAACCAAAGUGCCUCCGUCCACCCAUUUGCGUGGAUGUGGAACCCAAGGGAUCUUCCAUUCUGGUGACCUAUGCGUUGAACCAACAUUACGGAUCUCUCAAUUUGGACAUGCGCUCGUUGGUUCAAGUAGAAGUCCAGCUGCGCUCGUUGGUUCGGGCAGAAGUCCCAUUGGAAGAACAAGAAGAAGAAGAAAAAGAACCACAAUUGGUGGUGGCGACUAGUACUCCUUCCAACAUUUCUUAUUUGGUACCCGAAAGUGACUUUUUGGUUCUUGAUGUGCAAGAACUCUGGAAUGGGAAUGCAUUGCUUGGCACACCCUUGUUUUGGAUUGUCCGGCGGAUCAAUGGUAUCCUUAGUUGGCAUGUUUCCUCUCGCGUUUUUAAAGAUGAUUGA